UUUGGAUCACCUAAACUAUUUUACCGCGAAUCUCAAGGAUCUUCAUCUCAACCCUUCUUCUCCAGUUUUUGAUUGUAAGAAAAUUUGAGGUUCUGAUUUUAUCAUUUUUUUGAUUAAAAUUAGAAUUUAGAUUUGAUCUAAGCAAGGAAUGGGAUCUGAAGGACCUAUUUCUGUAACAAUUCAUAUAACUGGAUUCGGUAAAUUCCAUGGGGUUCCAGAUAAUCCAACUGAAGUUAUAGUAAGUAAUUUAAAAGGGUUCUUGAAAAGAAGAGGUAAUCCGUUACCAAGUGGUAUAAAUAUCGGGAGUUGCACAAUUCUUGAUGCAGCUGGAGAUGGAUCACUUCCUUUGCUUUAUAAUAUCAUGGAAUCAAGUAUUUCAAAUUCUGAAUCACUGACAACAGAUUCUUUGAACAACAAUGAACAGGUUAUCUGGCUUCACUUUGGAGUCAGUGGUGGAGCCAAGGAGUUUGCUGUUGAGAGACAGGCAUAUAAUGAAGCCACUUUUCGCUGUCCAGAUGAGCAUGGGUGGCAACCUCAACAACUUCCAAUAGUUUACGAGGAUGGAGAAAUUUCCAGAACAAGACAGACUUCUUUAUCGGUCGAGGGGAUUGUUAAGCAGUUAAAGAAGAAGUGUUUUGAUGUGGUCCUAUCCGAUGAUGCUGAUCGUUUUGUGUGCAACUAUGUCUAUUAUCACUCUCUCCGCUUUGCUGAACAGAAAGGUCACAAAUCUCUCUUUGUUCAUGUUCCUUCCUUUUCAAGAAUCGACGAAGACACCCAAAUGGAGUUCGCUGCAUCUUUGUUGGAGUCUCUUACCUUAAAUUACCACUGAGAGUCUUUCAAUAUUUCCAUACUAUGAAUUUUCAUAUUUUAAGCUGUAACCUUUCUGCAGUGUAUAUCCCAGUCCACCUUAUUUUUGUUUUAUUUUUUGUUUUAUAGAUUAAUGUUGCCUCUCAGUAUACGAGGGUUGUUGUUUUUCGCCCCAGUGUGAGAAUACUUAUAUUGCUUUAUGUACAGAACUCAGCUGUAUUUUUUUUAUGCUGUGAGAAAUGUAUUUACUUUCUUGGUUC